AUGAGUGUUGGGAGAGACGGGAGCGCUCCCCCCGCGGCGGGCGGGCACCGGCCUGCCCCCGCUCUGCCGCCGGCUGCUGGGAUGGCCCCCCCCCCCCCGGCUUUCUCCCCCCCCACCCGGAGACGGGGGAGCCCUGCCCCGGCCUCGGAUAAAAGGAUAAAAGGGCUGUGGAUUAAUUUGAAAACGAACUAUCCCAAUGCAGUGGUAGAUACUGGGAAAAUAGUUUUAGGAGAGAGAUCCAGAAAAAAGACCGCUGGCAAUUAGAAAAGGCAAAAAAAGGACCUUUCUAUAGCAGCGUGUGCAUUGCUGAAGUCAUGAGGAGCAGUGGUGAGGAUGGAGAGCAAAGACAAGAAUCGCUGCUUUGGGAAGCUGGACACAGAGCAGGUCCUCAGGGCCGGCAGCCGCUGCGCCGAGACCAGGCAGUCCUUCACAGGGAUGCAGCAGCAGAGGCACUCGCUGCUUCUUGUUAAGACCGGGGGCUGUAGAGAUCCAGAGCGGAAAAGUGCAGCCACAAAGCUGCGGAUCUGCAGCUUGAGCUCUGGGUUGUCCCAUAGGUCUUUCACUUCAGUUGUCCCCAUGACUCCGAGCGACACAGCUGUAUUUCUGGGGGAGAAGGAAAGCUGUGCCGGGCACCGUGAUGGGAGUGGACCAAGUGCUAAGAAAGCUCUGCUGAAUUUUGGUGGGGGAGCAAAGGAGACUCCUCUGAGCACUGAGGAGCAUCACAUCCAAGAUACCGCUGCCAAGUUUUCAGAGAGAGACAAACUGAUGGCUGGGGAGGUCCUGGAUUUCACAGAGACAACCCGUAUUGAAAUUAAGAACUUGUCUACAGAGAGUAUCUUGGAAUACAUUAGAAAAACCCUUCCAAAAUAUGUCUCUGCCUUUGCAAACACUCAGGUGGGUUUUUUUUUUUUUUUUGGAGUGGAUGAUGAGAGCCGUGAAGUCAUUGGAAGCCAUAGUGAAGCGGAGAGAAAAGCUUUAGUAAAAACAGUAGCUGAUACCGUGGGCUCGAUGCCCGUCCACCAUUUCUGCGGCUCUAAGGCUGGCGCGCAGUUUCAGACUUACAUCCUGAGCAUUUACGAGGAAGCAGGAGGCUUGCAGGGCUACGUAUACGCCGCGCGAGUUGAGCCGUUCUGCUGCACUCUUUUCCAUGACAACCCCCAUUCCAGGGUGGCAACAGAUGCCGCGGCUGAAAGACUGAGCGUCAGAAAAUGGACAGAGUUCGUGACACAGGCAGACCCAGCGGGUUCUAAAGAAAUCAAACGGAAGCCAGAAACCAUCUGCGCCGACCUGUUCUCAGAGUAUCCUGGAUUAGAGGAUUUAAUGAAAAAAUGGAUCCAUCCGCUUAACAAGGGGGUACCGAUAUUUUCAAGGAGCUGGGCUGUUGACAUUGGAUUGCUGAAAAAACAGGAUGUUGUGUGUGAUGCUCUCUUAGUAGCUGAAAAUGCGUAUCCAGUAUUGUAUACUGUAGUUGAGGGCGCCUCCUCUGCUGAGUCUGAAAACUCGAGAGAAACCGCUCACACAUUAAAGCAGAAACUAGUCAAUGUUGGGGGAUAUGACUCAAAAGCGUGUGUGACUCCCCAAAUGCUGCACCUGAAUGGCGCAAAGAAGCAGCAAGAAAACCGCUGUGGUUACCCCAGCUUGUACCCAGAGAAUUACAUCCUCACCUCCAGGGACAUCCCCACGUUCCUGCCUGCGCUUGUGAUCGCUGUGCUGAGCUUUAGGUCCUUCUUAAGUGGCCUCCUCGGCAGCGAGAUUUUCAACCUUCUCACUCUCAAACAGUAUGAGCUGCUCUCCAAGAACCUGCACAAAGUCAAGAAGCAGUUUGUCCUUGGUCUUCCUGGAACAGGGAAAACAAUCAUGGCUUUGAAGAUCGAGAGAAUACGGAACAUUUUUCACUGUUCUGCAGCAGAGAUACUCUACAAUUGUGAAAAUCAACCCUUGAAGAAGUUUGUGGGGUAA